CCAAGCCCGUCACCAACAGCAUCCUCACAAUUGCUUAAAUCUUCAGUCCUUGGAAACCAUUACAUAAUAUUCAGUUAUUUUCUGCUGAAGUGGCUUGUUCUGAUUGGCCUUGACGUAGCUUAUAUUUCGUAAGAAUGUCACGUUUACAUUUGUACUUCUAAAGCUUUGAAAAUAUGCUUACCAAUUUGCCUCCCCUGAAAUUAUACCAACAUUUCCUGAUCGACUAAAAGGGCCCUUUGUUUAACUAGGUCAACAACCAAAUCUUCAAUAGGGCAGGAUUUUUAGAAGCCAAGAUGAAGAACCUUUCUCUGAAAACCGAAGUGUCGAAAGAAUCAAUGGAAGGAGAGAAAGAUCCAAGAGUUUGUAAAUCCCUGGACAAAGGUUUUCCUUUUGUGUCCAGUUCCUUUGCCCAACAACCCUUCCCAACGCCCUCUCCAUUCUCAAUCUCGGCCGCUUCCGCUGGAUCGAGCUCAAGGCCUCUGAUCCACCUCUGCGGCGUCUUACUCCGGUUCUUGGCGUUCCUGUUCUCCUUUGUCUCUGCUCUUUCGCUAGUAAUCACAUCACCAAAGAAGAAAGACAAGGCAGCAUCAGUUGGCUCUAGCUUCAGUGACCACUCCGAAUUACUGUAUUGCUUAACCGCGACGAUGCUAGCUUUCGCCUACUCACUUUUCCAACUCUUCAAAGGAAUUCUCGAGAUUGCUGACAGAGGUAUUUUGAUGUCGGACAUGGUCUCAGACUACACCAGCUUCACACUUGAUCAGUUGCUGGUCUACCUUCUGGUUUCGUCGUCUUCAGCUGCGAUACCUGCGAUUAAACGGAUUGAACGAUCUUCCCAACUCUGGAAAGCUUCAAUCGUCUCUGUCAGCUUCUCUUUUGCAACUUUCCUAGUCAUAGCAAUUUGUGCUCUCCUGUCAGGCUACAAGCUUUGCAAAAGAAUAAUCUGGUGAAGCUUCAUGUGGUUCAGGCAAAUAGUACUAUUCUAUAUGCUCUCAAUCGCCUAGGACGAUUCUGCAUAACUAGAUGUAGAAACAUAAUCACAGUGCGGAAAACAAAAGGGUACUACAAACAGUUGUAUAUUUUUGUACUUGUGUUAUGUAAGUACAUAAUUGCAUGAUUUAAAUGGAGUUAUCAUUAUCUUUAAUGAGAAAUGUCAGACGGUCUUAAACACAA